AUGGCUUUUUAAACGACACAGCUGUAUGCCGUUGUAUCACCAAUGCAAUGUUUGUUUCCUUUCUUGAGAAAGUAAAGCCAUGAUAUUUCGAAGGUACGAAUAUCAGAGGCGUCUUGGAAGAUUUGUUAGGAUAGCUGUAGUGUUGUGAUGAAAGUGUUGUGGAUCUCCAUUCUAGUUCUUGGUCUGUAUGCUGGAUAUGUAUAUACGGAGGAGACGAACGAUGAAAAUGGCGAUGUUAAAAACUCUCAAAGUUCCACGGAAUGCCAGUGUUCUGAAUGGGAUACAUGGUCUGGCUUCAGCGCAUGCUCAAAACACUGCGGACGUGGUAAACAGGGACGAAGCCGAACGCGUCAUUGCAAUCAAACUGUGGCUAUGACGUCACAGGGGGAAGUAUCAUGUACCCGGCACGCGACUCAAUAUCGGUUCUGUAACACACAGGACUGCGGAUGUGACGUGGUUUGCAGUCCGUGGAGUGGUUGGACAAACGGCACGUGCUCCGUGUUUUGUGGGGGCGGGUCCCUCCCAAGGACACGGUACCGGAAAUGCCAGGGAAAUCAGGGAUGUCCAGAGCAAGACCAGAACCUAAUACCCUGUAAUAUCAAACCCUGUUCACAAUGUUCCUGUGAUCUUUGGUCAUCUUGGUCAAGUUAUGGUCUUUGUUCCGUCACCUGCGGACAAGGGGUUCAAAUUAGAAACCGGAAGCGAGUGUGUAGGUCUCUUGCCAUUGGUCAAAACUGUACGUCGGCUACUGUAGAAACCAGCACAUCACCCUGCAACUACGGCGUCUGUUGUGAUGAGAUUUGUUUACCUUGGUCUACUUGGCGGAACGAUUCCUGUUCAGUCACGUGUGGCGAAGGCACCUCAGCCAGAUCAAGAACCAGAUUAUGUCCACUGCAGUCAUGCGCAGAACAAUCAACGGAAGUGGAUAGUUGCAAGAAGGAAACUUGCCAAUCCACGUGUGAGACCACGUGUUCACCAUGGGGAAACGUCACGACCUCACCCUGCACCGUCACUUGUGGGGGCGGCACGCGUCUUCAUACCAGUGUUCGAAACUGUAUACACUCCGACUGCGUUAGCGAGAACGUAAUGGAAGAUAGCUGCAACUUCCAUGCGUGUCAAAGGACUUGCGAUGUUGACUGCGGUUCAUGGGGUGCAUGGUCGGAAGGCAACUGCUCGUCUGUAUGCGAUGAUGGCAUUCGGACACGUUACAGAAACCGGACAUGUCCUCACCAAGACUGUACGAAGAGGGACAGACAGGACGACACGUGCAGGGACCGCACAUGUACAGGGACUUGCGAUGUUGACUGCGGUUCAUGGGGUGCAUGGUCGGAAGGCAACUGCUCGUCUGUAUGCGAUGAUGGCAUUCGGACACGUUACAGAAACCGGACAUGUCCUCACCAAGACUGUACGAAGAGGGACAGACAGGACGACACGUGCAGGGACCGCACAUGUACAGGUACUUGUGAUUUGCAAUGCAGUCCAUGGGGAGAAUGGCAGGAAGGGAACUGUUCCAAAAGCUGUGAUGAAGGCGUAGUCAUCCGGACAAGGUUUCGCGGAUGUCCGGCAACUGUCGGAGAUUGCCGACAAAAACAGGAAGUGGAAUCACCAUGUUAUCUGGAAACAUGCUCUGACACGUGUGACGUAAACUGUAGCCUAUGGGCCGAUUGGAGGACGGGCCCCUGUUCUACAACAUGUGACACCGGAAGUCAUUUGAGGAAGCGGUUCCGGAAGUGUCCAGCGAAAAUAAUGGAUUGUGAACAUUCGGAACAAGAAACAUCACCAUGCCAUUUAAGAACAUGUCCAGUGACUUGUGACCGUUUAUGCAACCCAUGGAGCCAGUGGAUGGGCGUGGUCUGCUCUACCACGUGCGAUAAAGGUGUUGUCAUGCGUACCAGGGUUCGAACGUGUCGGUUCCAGAAUAAAGAUUGCGGGAUUUAUGAAAAUUUGACAGCACCUUGUAACAUGGGCACGUGUCCAGACACGUGCGAUAAAAACUGUACGUCAUGGAGCCCCUGGAUGGAGAUUGGGGCGUGUUCUCGGUCCUGUGGGUCGGGACUCCAAACUCUUCAGAGAGUACGAUCGUGUGGACGGUCAGACUGUCAGGCGCUGGAGUCGACACACCGGCAGUGUAUGAGGGGAAUAUGUAUUGAUAAAAUAAAGGACAUCCGCCCUGUGUGCCAGUCGUCCGGGACCUUCUACCCCCACCUGACGGACUGUACGAAGUUUUUCCAUUGUCUUUGGACCAUACCAGUGGAGUUGCAGUGUCCGUUAGGUACAGGAUGGGUCCAGGAGAGAGGGGUUUGCGAUUACAAAUGGCGGAUACCCAACUGUCGCUGACUCUCCAGGGAUACAGCAGUUAGCUCCCUUGUUACGUUUUAAUCUUAAACAUGAUUAGUUCUCAUCUAGAUCCUAUUGUUUUUAAAUCGCUUUUAUAUGGGUCUCGUAAAUACGUCUAUAAUCUCUUAUUUUUAUAAUUACUUGUGAUAAAACGUUGGACCAUACAUUGUAUAUAUCAAUUGUAAAUAACAAUCCAACAUUUUUACUUAAAAUAAAAGAGGAAAUAACUCUAGCGUUCAUACGACACAUGAUUUUAAUCCGGUGCAUAUUUAUGUUUUUCUAACAUAUUUACUUUGUUCGUUUUAUCGCAUUUUAUUUCAAUCUUUUAUGAAGAUUUUGUAUAUAUUUUAAGUCAAAGAGUUUCGGUGAAUUUGUGUAUGAUAUAAAUACUGGCAUUGUAUAUAUCUUUAGUUUAAUAUAUUUAUUUCUCUUUCAACUACAAUUAUUUUGUAAAGAUAAAAAUCCAUAAUUCGUUUAGAUAUUUUUGUAAAUCAUCAGUGAUUAUAUCAGUUUGUAGUUGUCAUUUCUAUUAUUUUUUAGUGUUUGUGUAUACAGAUUUAUCCUCUAGUGGUACAAUUCGUACGUUGUUAUUAAUUCAGCUGUCAGCCUAAAGAAAUAACAGCCGUUUUUAAAUUAACUUUGUGCUACAUGUUGUUCACGAAAUACCUAGUAAAGCCUCAGGUAUUUUGUGAGGAUUUCUUGACAUAUUCUCGUUUGUUUUUUCUCCCGUCUCAGUUACUUUUUCAUUUUUUUUCUUUUUUUCUUAUUAUAAUGUUAAGAGUUUGUCUUUGCGUAUUCACAGUGCGGUACAUUUUAUUCCCUUUCAGCUGUCAAUGGCAUUUACAAGGUAAACGUAACACUAAGUUAUAUUUCUGUUGCUUCAUUUUAACGAACCAGGAUACUCAUCAUGACAUAUAAUGUCGUGCACAAUAAUAAUGUCUUUUUUAAACAAUCUUUUUCCUAUCAAAUUAUUAUCCAUAAUUUUAAGAAUUUAUUCAUAUCAUAUUAGUUAUAAUUAGUAGGGAUAAUAAAGUAUUUGUCUAAACGAUAUACAUUCGCAAAUGCUAUUUUUGUGAUAAUUCCUUUCAGGGACUAAUUUUUAUUUUUGUCUAUGUUUUGUUCAUUUUUUAUUCGAUGAAAACAUGUUGAUUGAAUUAUCUUAGAAAAGGAUUUCCACAACUUGUUUGAAACAUGAUUCAACAGUGAAAGAGUGAUAUCUUAGUUCUAAACAUUGUCAUCUGUUUUUUUUCUACGUUUUAAAACAUUUUGCGACUGUGUUGGAAUUAUGGUGUGAUUAGUAAGAGUUAACUCCCUUUAACGUGAUUUCUGCAUAUGAAAAUAAUGUUUAAGAACCCUCUUUUUCUCAUUUUUUAAUUCGCUCUUGCACAAUCUUAUUAAGUCAACAGAAAUCAAUCAGGGCCAUCAACAAUACACUUAUAAGAAAAAGUGCGUUCUGAAGAAUUCCCUUCAGACUAAAUAUGAUUGUACAUGUACUUGCAUAAUGUAUAAUGAUGAUAGUAAGCCAUUUUUGUUUACUAAUUAUAACUGAUACUAUUAUCCAUAUAUUGUAUAGCGCUUUAGAGUAAUUUUACAAAAAAUAUAAAGGGCGCUUUAUUAAUGUUGUACAUUAUUACCAUUACUAUAAAAUCAUUAAUGGAAGGCCAAGAAAAAUUGUAUGUAUAAUUUUCAUAUUGAAGAUAGGAUCCCGAUUUUUUUUCUUUUUUCAUUA